GAGCACACAGAAAGGGAUGUCUUCAUCGCCAACCAGGAUGGAACAAACCCGCCCGUUUGGGGAGUGCUGAGAACCAAAGGGUCCCUCCGACGCCGGCAGCAGCCAACAUGACUUGACUGCCCCCAUCCCGCGCGGUCCUUACUCUCCAGACGCCCCCACCCUUUCCGGGUGCGCGCGCACGAGCGGGUGAGCCAGGGAGCUGUGCGCCCGGCAGCCUGCGGGCGGCGGCGGCCGACAGGCUCGCGGGGAGCCGGGUAGCCAGGGGCGGCGGAGGAGGAGCUGGCGCCGCAGCCGGCCCCCUCCAGCCGCGCCCCGCCCUCCGCCGCCACCUGCGCGACCCCUCUGGGCCCUCGGGCCCCGGGACUGUGUGGACUCUCCCUGCCGCAGCGGCGGUAUCGCCGCGUCCGCCAAUUAGAAGACUCGGCGUUUGGCUCCUUGGGGCGCUGGAAGAGCCGCGCUGCCCGCUGUGGCGAGCGCAGGGUGCGCCGGCGCGCGUCCCUCCCCGCCGCGCUCCCCGCGACGUUCGUGGAGGGGGGUACAGAACUGCUGUGACUUUUGAGGUCCGACUCCUCCUUCCAGCUAGCCUCCUGACGCGCCAGCUCGGAGGGAGGCCGAUGUGACCGCCAGGCCCCGAAGGCUCACUGCGUGGGCUCGGGACUUGGAACGUGUCCGGGAGCCCGCGGAGCGGUGCGCGCUGGUGAGUUUGGCGGCGGGGUGGGGUGUCUCCCCGAGCGAGGGGCGGAGAGGACGUCGCGCUCUGCCCCUUCGCCCGCCCCCUAGUGCUGCUCCCACUUUGAGAGUAAUUGAGACUUGAGCGUGACUGCGGAGCCGCGAGGACGCCGUCGCCGGGCGCAGGCUAUUCUUCAGCCCGGCGUAAUGGAGCGGGUCGGUGAGCGGAACAAAGGCGCUCGCCCGGGGAAGCGAGCCUUCUUCGGCUGAACACCGCGGACUGCGCGCCGCGACGGCCGCCUGCGGACUGAGGUGGUGGCUGUGCAGCUCGAGGCGCGGCGCGCUCCCCUGCGGGCGGGCGGCGAACCCUGAGCCCGGCACCUGCGCGCCGCUCCCGCCGCGGCGCCGGGGCAGCCCCGCCUGCCGGCCCCUCGGCCCCGGAGGUCUGCUGCGCCAGCAGCCCUACUCCCGGCGGCCCGAGGUCCAGCGACGAACCACUUGCUGGGGCAGAGGAGGGACCCCUGCCCCCCGGCCCUUCGCGGAGAAGCCGGGGCGCCUGGUAGGGGCCGCGCGCCUGGGACUGAGUAGGCAUCUCGGGGAACACUUCUGCAGACUGAGGGCUUCCAUGUGAGCCAUUUCGCUUUCACCCGACCGCCCGGUCCUCUCACCAGUCUCCGCUGCCCGAGCCUUCGCGCAGUGGGGCCGUGAGCGGCUGGGAUCCUCGCCAGCCGUCCGGAGCGCGAGGUUUGCACACGGCCCCCGGCUGCCCCGCGCCUCGCCGGAGCCCGAGGGGGCGCGGGUCCGGGGCGAGGGCCGGCCGGGCGUGUUUGAUGGCUUCACUGAGAAGAGUCAAAGUGCUGCUGGUGUUGAACUUGAUCGCUGUGGCCGGCUUCGUGCUCUUCCUGGCCAAGUGCCGGCCCAUCGCGGUGCGCAGCGGAGACGCCUUCCACGAGAUUCGGCCGCGCGCGGAGGCGGCCAACCUAAGCGCGCACAGCGCCAGCCCCAUCCAGGAUGCGGUCCUGAAGCGCCUUUCACUGCUCGAGGACAUUGUCUACCGGCAACUAAAUGGUUUAUCCAAAUCCCUUGGGCUCAUUGAAGGUUACGGUGGGCGGGGCAAAGGGGGCCUUCCUGCUACCCUUUCCCCAGCUGAAGAGGAGAAAGCCAAGGGGCCUCAUGAGAAGUAUGGCUACAAUUCCUACCUCAGUGAAAAAAUCUCACUGGAUCGUUCCAUUCCGGAUUAUCGUCCCACCAAGUGUAAGGAGAUGAAGUACUCCAAGGAGCUGCCCCAGAUGUCCAUUAUAUUUAUCUUUGUGAACGAGGCCCUGUCGGUGAUCCUGCGGUCAGUCCAUAGUGCGGUCAACCACACGCCGACCCACCUGCUGAAGGAAAUCAUCCUGGUGGACGACAACAGUGAUGAAGAGGAACUGAAGGCCCCCUUGGAGGAGUAUGUCCACAAACGUUACCCCGGGCUCGUGAAGGUGGUGAGAAAUCAAAAGAGAGAGGGCCUGAUCCGAGCUCGCAUCGAGGGCUGGAAGGUGGCCACUGGCCAGGUCACCGGCUUCUUUGAUGCCCACGUGGAGUUCACCGCUGGCUGGGCCGAGCCGGUUCUGUCCCGGAUCCAGGAGAACCGGAAGCGCGUGAUCCUCCCCUCCAUUGACAACAUCAAGCAGGACACGUUCGAGGUGCAGCGGUACGAGAACUCGGCCCACGGGUACAGCUGGGAGCUGUGGUGCAUGUACAUCAGCCCCCCGAAGGACUGGUGGGACGCCGGGGACCCUUCCCUCCCCAUCAGGACACCAGCCAUGAUUGGCUGCUCGUUUGUGGUCAACAGGAAGUUCUUUGGUGAAAUUGGUCUUCUGGACCCUGGGAUGGAUGUGUAUGGAGGAGAAAAUAUCGAACUUGGAAUCAAGGUGUGGCUCUGCGGGGGCAGCAUGGAGGUCCUGCCGUGCUCACGGGUGGCCCACAUCGAGCGAAAGAAGAAGCCAUACAACAGCAACAUCGGCUUCUACACCAAGAGGAAUGCCCUCCGGGUCGCCGAGGUCUGGAUGGAUGAUUACAAGUCACAUGUGUACAUAGCGUGGAAUCUGCCACUGGAGAAUCCAGGAAUUGACAUAGGUGAUGUCUCCGAAAGAAAAGCCUUAAGGAAAAGUUUAAAGUGUAAGAAUUUCCAGUGGUACCUGGACCACGUCUACCCGGAAAUGAGAAGAUACAAUAACACCGUUGCCUAUGGGGAGCUUCGCAACAACAAGGCAAAAGACGUCUGCUUGGACCAGGGGCCGCUGGAGAACCACACAGCAAUCCUGUACCCGUGCCAUGGCUGGGGACCCCAGCUGGCCCGCUACACCAAGGAGGGCUUCCUGCACCUGGGAGCCCUGGGGACCACCACGCUCCUCCCUGACACCCGCUGCCUGGUGGACAACUCCAAAAGUCGGCUGCCCCAGCUACUGGACUGCGACAAGGUCAAGAGCAGCCUGUACAAGCGCUGGAACUUCAUCCAGAACGGCGCCAUCAUGAACAAGGGCACAGGGCGCUGCCUGGAGGUGGAGAACCGCGGCCUGGCUGGCAUCGACCUCAUCCUCCGCAGCUGCACGGGGCAGAGGUGGACGAUUAAGAACUCCAUCAAGUAGUGGGAGUGGGAGGAGCUGGGGCCCUCGUUGCCCAGCCCCUGGGACAGGGUCUGCCGUCCUCUGGACCAGCCAUGCUGGGAGAGAGCCAGCACGGAGCCGGCAGGGCUUCUCCAGGACAGCCCCGGGCCCCGGAUGGAGGCUCCGUGUCCCCAUCAGGCAUCCAGCUGCCUGAGGCUCGUGCACCUGGCAAAAGCCCCCCAGCCCUUCUCUGGAAACCUAGGCGCCAUGUUUUCUGCAGCCCGGAUGUGGACCUGGUACCAAGGAGUGACAUCACAUCUCCUCCUGGUCAUCUUCCCACCCACUAUAGGGACUGGGAUUGGCAGGGGCCCCUCCUUUCUCUCAUCUCUUGCAGCAGCAGCAGCUUCUGAAUUCCACCCCAGCCCUCGACAAAGGUGGGGGCGGGGGUCUGCCACCUCCGAGCUCCCCCUCCAAGGAGGAGACAGUGAGGCCCUGAGACAGUUUCCCCCGAGGUUGCUUCUGCCCAGAUACCCGUUCACAGCCCAAGAUCACUGCCCCCAAAGCUUUCCAGCAGGUGGCCUUGGGCUUUUCUGGAGCCACCCCCCACAGAUGACGUGGAAGGAGCUGACACUUCCACGGUCACCUGGGCACCAGGCUCCCAUGUGCCUGGACCAGCUCUUCCGCCUGUGUGGGAGGGGGGAGCAUGCAGAAUGGUCUCAGCUGUGAGGGGCCCGUGCCGCUCUGCCUGCCCAGGACCGGGGAGCCCAGACUCACAGCUGCCACAGAGGGGGCAGCAAGCAGCCCCCACCUGGCGCCUAAGGACUGACAUCAGCACGGCACAGGUGGCCAGGACCCCGGAGGGUGCUUGUCCCACGUCCCCCGUGCUCUGCUGGCUGAGUGGGGAGAAGGCAGUCGAGUCCUCUCUGAAGAGUGAUAUUUUUUUCCGACUGCCCUCUGGUUAGGGCGCGCUUAUAAAUCAGAGUUAAUAUAUGGACGCGUGUGCGUGCGUAGGGGGGUGGGUGCCUGCGCGGUGUGCGAGUGCGGGGCUGCCUGUGUGUGCGUGCGUGCGUGGCGUGUGUCUGGGUUGCGCGUCAGAGUGCAUGAUGGAGCAGACGUAGGGGAGUGGCCUUGAGCUGUGGCUUUAUUGCUCGCCAGGCUCGGGACGAGGCUGCUGAGAAGCUUGGGGGAGAGGGUUGGCCAUGGUCGUUGGCCAGGAGGAUGUGGCUGGGCCUUACCCCUGGCUGUGCCCCAGCUGGAAGCCUGUCCCUUCUGCCAGUCCCCGUCUCUCUCCCUCAUGCUGCCGGCCAAGCCCUGCCCGGAACCAAACCCUGUACCUGCCCAGUUUGGGGUUUACAGUGUCUCAUUCGGUGGCAUCUUACUGGUGAUCACUCCUGCCCCGUCUCCCCUCCUUGUGAAAUAAACACACCUCCCAGCUCA